GUCUGUUAUUUUCACCAACCAAGGUGAAGAACAACAUGGCGAUGGUUUUCUUAAGCUCCCUGGUGCUCCUCUUUGCGGCCAUGAUUCAACUCUCCCAAGCACUAGCAGAUUCUGACAACAAGCCACCUCUUUACAACGCUCCAUCUGAGGCACCAUCUUACAACCCUCCAACAACUCACAAAACACCCUCCUUUUAUAAGCCACCAACUGGGAAAAUCCCACCAUUCCAGAAACCACCAUUUUACAACACCCCUAUUGAAAAACCCCCACUUUAUAAGCCACCAUUUGACCAUCCUCCACCCUACAAAACCCCACCUUUUGUGCCUCCGCUUUACAUGCCACCCUCUGAGAAACCAUCACUUUUCGUGCCACCCUUCAAGAUACCACCUUUUCCCAUGCCAUCCUUUGAAAAACCACCACUUUCUGCACCACCGUUUCUCAUGCCACCCUUUGAGAAACCACCGCUUUUUGUGCCACCCUUUAAGAUACCACCACCACCACUUCAAAUGCUGCCUUUCCCCAAGUUCUUUCCGACGUACUGCACCUGCUUCUGAAGCUUGCUUUGAUUUCUGCUAAAUAAGAGGUAGCUGUUGCAUGCUACCAGUAUUGUUAUAAUUAAGGUGCAAUGUAAUACUUGUGUUGUUAU